AACUGGAGCAGCUAAUCAACAGUCGGGGGCUUCUUCUCUCAUUCGAGCCAACCAUGAGCUGCAGCUCGAGCUUUGCGAAGGCCAGCAGCCUCGCCAUCCUCCUCCUGCUGGCUCUCACGCUCCAGCAGCUCGAGGCAGACAUGUCAAUGUCGUGCUCCGGCAUGCUCACCGACUUGUCUCCGUGCCUCGGGUUCCUGCAGGGCGAGGAGGACUACCCCUCGGCCGACUGCUGCGACGGCGCGUCCAGCCUCGUGGCGGCCGCGGCCACCACGGCCGACCGGCAGGAGGCGUGCGAGUGCCUCAAGUCGGCCGCGGGAGAGGGCAGCGCCGAGGUGACUGCUUCGCGGGACUUGCCGGCCGACUGCGGCCUCUCCCUGCCGUUCACUAUCUCCCCCGACGUCGACUGUUCCCAGCACUUUCUACGGACUGAGCCGGCAGAUCUUGAGAUUGACAAAGUCGCUACAGGCACCUUGUCAUCGAUGAUAUACCAAACCACUCAAAGAAUAAUGAGGAAAGCCUAAAAUAAUUUCUGUAAAUAUGCAAGCACAUGUGUCAAGUCUAGCACUUAAACCCACAUGAACUAGUUCAACCACAAGGAUCAUUCCUUGACAGAUGAAAAUUAUCUAUAUAGUGUUUAAUUUUUUUACCUAUAUAGAGUACUAUAAUUUAGACUCACAUAUGCGCACGUCUACCACCAUCACUUGCAUACAGAGUCACACAGUGAUUGCUGUGAACUGGAAGAAUAACCGGUGCUCUUAGCAGUUAGGUGCUACCAUGGUAUGAAUUUUUUUUAAAUAACUUUUUAAUACUCAUAAGACCUGUUGAAUUUGUGGGAAUUCAGACAUGCGGACUAAUCCAUGGACGUUUGAUGUACGACAUUGAAGGACAAAAAGUGUUCGGACCAUGCAGUUCAAACAUUUAGAGGCAUUUUGAUUGGUUGUGUUGAAGAUACGUAAGUGUUGCGAGCCUCGGAUAUUCUCUCAAGGACUAAUCCUAUUUUUUUAUAAAAAUAUAUUUUAUUGACUCCAAAGUUACAUCAAGACUAUACAUCAUCAUAGAGUUCAAAAAAAAAAGAGUUCAUAACUGGGUUUGGCAGAACUAGAUGCACAUAUGGUAUUCAUCAUAUAUAAAUAAAAAAAAUGUAAAAAAAGUCCAUUUUCCCUUUCAACAAGCAUUGUGGAUCAAUCUUCAAACAUUUACGGAAACAUAAAGAUGUAUUUUUGUGGCCUUGUAGACAAUACACACCCUUUUGAAACUUUAAAGCUUUUUUUCAUAUGAACAUUUUUUGUGACCUUGUAGACUAUGCACACCCUUUGUGUAACCAGUAGCGGGUAACCGGGCUGCGAGCCAACGACAAUGUUCGAUCCCCUGGGUGGUCAACCAUGUGAGAUAUCUAUGUAGGGCGGGGAGUAACCAUUAAGUAUAUAUAUCAUUCAAAGUGAAUUUGGUCCAGGAGUAAAGAUGAAAAUGGGUCACGCAUAUGGUGGGCACAACAAUUUUGUACCCAUGCCCAACAUGCUCAAUCAAGGGUGCCAAUGUCUACCGAUAUCUGUACCUACGGGCAAAAAAAAAGUCUACCGAUAUCUGUAUCCACGGGCAAAAGCCUUGGUAAUGCUCUACUUGGGUGCCCAAGGGGUACCAAUGAGCAGCUUAGCAUACAUUGAAGUACAUGUCACUCAAUAGUAUUUGGAUAGAAAUAUGAAAUUUAACUCAAUUUCAUGACACAGUCAAACAAAAAAGACUUCACUAAAACAAAGGACUUAAUGCACAUGCACAUCACAUAAAUAGGUUUGUGACUACAAUAGUUCAGGAUAUGCACAACGGCGGUUGUCCAACUAAAAAUUGCAUCAUAGUAUACCCCAUGUGUCAGCUUGUCAUGUCAGGUCCGGGUAUACUUGUGGACACAAAUUUGUGCCUGCCCUACACAUGACUAGUCAGCUAGGGUUCCGGUACUGUCAAUGGGCAUAAAACAUGCCCAACACAUGAGGGUCGAGUGCCCAUGGGUACCCAUGCCCAUAAAAAAAUUGCCAUGUAAUCCCGAUCAUAAGAAAUAAAAAAACAACACAAGAAAAUUUCAUGAUGAACACAAUAACAUUUUCUGGAUGCAUGGCAAUGAGUGAAAGAGGAAUCAUUUAAGGAGGGUUAACCUUUUUUCUACAUUGUAUG